AUGGAAGAUCGACUUAUCAGCGAAACUUCUCCUGCGGACUGGAGUUACGUAGCCGAGGGCGGCGCUACGAUAGUCCUUGCUUAUAAUGGCCCGCCACAUCCAGAUUUCAAUGGGACCGUGCUCCGCGCACGUAAAGCACCUGUUCAGCCCGGUGACCGCGACUGCAAGCCGGAUAAUGGCCAGGAUCCCAAUCUAGACUCUGAGGAAGUAGAUGACCCUAUCGUCGUGUUCCAGAAGGAAGUCAUUCAGCGCUUGGUCCCUUCGGAUGCUUUGCCUUUGCUCCGGAAGAUCCGUGUUGAGCACGACUGGCUAACAGAGUUGGCUGCGCUUGUGGAGAAGGACAGGCCCAAGGUUCGCAGGCAGAAAGACAAAAUCGAUGUUACUCGAAGAAGAGCUGUGCUUGCCACGGACUUGGUCGGUGGAAAUGGAUGGGCAAUCGAAAUCAAACCGAAAUGGGGUUUCUUGCCUUCACCGCAUCACUUGUCUCCUCAAACACGCUCGGUCAAGACCCGUACCUGUCGCUUCUGCAUGCAUGCUCAUUUCAAGAUGAUACACGACGGCCACGAGCCUGCAGGGGACUUCUGCCCAUUGGACCUGUAUUCAGGCGAUAAAUUACGUGUCACUCGGGCCGUACUUGCACUUUGGGACGGAUGGGUCAACAGUAAAGGGUCAGCCAAUAAUCUUCGGGUCUUCGUCUCCGGAGAAACCAUCCAUCCCGACAACGAUGAUUCUAUAAACCGUCUUGCCGCAUUAAUCUUGCCUAAAGGGCAUGCUCUGGAUACGAUUAUUCUUCGCCAAAGGUUCGCCGCCUCUGUGGUAUCUGCCCUCAUGCAGUCAUCUGUCCUGCCCACGCUGUCGCGUCUGCAGCGCAAGCUAGACGUUCUGGAUAUCGAAGGCCUCGAAAAGCUAUGGGAAGCAGUUCAUGGCGAUGGUAUAUCCGAGACAGCUCUGUCGUUUUCAGCUGCAUCGGGUGAGCCGAGCCUCCAAGAAUGGCGGUCUUUCCUCGAGGAGUAUCUGGCAGGGCACGAGACCAUGGACCACGCGCACCCUGACCCUGCGAAACUCCGCUACUAUACCCUCGCGUACCUCCUCUCCAUGAGCUUCAAGGAUUGCUCCAUCAUUGUCCGGCCAGCAGAUGGGCAAAUCAAGGCGAGCGUGUCGGUGAUCGACCUGGACGCCAAAUCGGUCAAGAAGCUCUCUCAAUGGGCCAAACUAGAUCGGCAGAUUGUGACAACGUACGGGACAGUAGGCAACAAGAAAUUAUGCGCGGAUGCUCACCAUCAAGAGAUCAUGACCCCAAGUCGAUCUGGUGUCUUCCUCUGGACGGUUUCUUUGCUUACGUUGACUGUAUCGCGGCUUGCGGGGUCUCGACGGAAACCUACUUAGACUAUCUCACAGACUUUCUAUCACCACCGAUGGAUCCUGUAUAUUACC